AUGCGAUCUCAACGUCUCUUCGGCCUGCUGCUGACAGGCCUUCUAGUUUGUGUCUCAAUCAUUUUCCUUAAGGGCUCUCAUUCCACUAUCGGCAUUCAAAAUGCCCCUCAUGUCCCUCCUCUCGCUUCAUCCACCCCUCAAUCCUCUUUACAACAACCAAUUGAACCUUCAGCCAACUCCACCAGGCACUAUCCGAACGACGUCCAUCCGAUAGCUGCUCUCAUCGAAGAUGCGGGACAACAAUUCGACUCGCUCCGAGAGCGGCAGUCAAGAACACUUGCAGACGCUGUCAAAGAAUAUCGCAGACGCUAUAACAUGCACCCUCCGCCGCAUUUCGAUAAGUGGUUCGGGUUUGCGCAAUCAAAAGGUGUUGAGUUGAUUGACGAGUACGAUACUAUAUACCAUACCCUGCUGCCGUUCUGGGCCCUUUCACCACAAACUAUCCGCUCGCGCGCUCGGGAAGCUCUCGGAUACGAUAAUUCGCUGCUGGGGAUCCUCAUCAGAGACGGUAAAGUAUCGCUGGCCGAUGGUCUCGACGAGGAGCAAGAUUGGCAGCGCGAGGCUACACUCGGCAUGAUGAAGAACUUUGUUCAGUAUUUACCUGACAUGGAUCUGGCUUUUAAUGCCCAUGAUGAGCCUCGAGUUAUACUACCUAGCGAGGAUCUUCAGAGACUCGUCACGAUUGCCCGAGACAGUACCAUCUCGAGCUCGCUCCAUACACAAUCGCCAGUAAACGCAUGGUCUCCUCGUCCCGACGACCUGAACAGGGGUGAUCGCAUUGACGAAGUCCGGAGGACCCGUUUCAACCGAAUGUCGCAUCAGCCGGCUUGGACUAGCUCUAGGAUAUCAUGCCCAGUCGACAGUCCCGUUCGUUCUCUCGACGAAGACACGCCAGAUCAUACAACGGGCUACGCUCUUGGUGAAUUGGGCUUCAUUCACAACACUAGUGCCUUUUCAGAUGUGUGCAAUACUCCUUCCCUGCGAAAUACCUAUGGUUUCUUUGACCGGCCAAAUGUUUUCGCGGUUGUCCAUGAUCUCUUCCCCGUUUUCUCUCAAAGCAAGGUUUCUACUUUUCAGGACAUACUCUACCCGAGUCCAUGGUAUUGGGCUCAGAAGGUGCCGUACCUCAAAGAGAAGGACUACAUCUGGCAGGAGAAGGCUGAUAAAUUAUACUGGAGAGGCUCAACUACCGGCGGAUUCUCAAAAGGCGGCGGCUGGCGACGGCACCAUCGACAAUUGAUGGUUGGCAACAUCAACGCACUGAAUACAGCUAAAGUCCUUACCAAGUCUGAGACCGGACGAUGGGAUUCCAAGAAAGUUGACCGCAGCGAUUAUCAUGACCUCUUUGACGUCCAAUUUACUUCGGUUGGACAAUGUGAUCGAAAUGACUGCGCUGCUCAGACGGAGUUCUUCAACAUAACGGAGCCGGUGGAGCAGCAAGAUGCUUGGGCCUACAAAUAUCUCGUCGAUGUUGAUGGAAAUGCCUUUAGCGGUCGUUAUCAUGCGUUCCUCCAAAGCAACAGCCUAGUUUGCAAAGUUGCGUUGUUCCGCGAAUGGCAUGAUGAGGUACUCAAGCCUUGGGUCCAUUAUGUUCCAUUGAGUUUGAAGGGAGACGAGGUUGUAGAGACUAUGCGUUUCUUUACCUCAGAAGAAGAGGGGAUGGCUGGGGCGCCUCGUCUCGCCCAACAAGGAAAGGAUUGGGCACAAAGAACAUUACGCAAGGAGGAUAUGGAAGUUUGGUUCUUUCGCUUAUUACUGGAGUACGGGCGUUUGGUCGACGAUAACAGGGAAGCCCUAGGAUACCCCGCAUGA